CUGCGCAUGAGCAGAGCGAUUGGGCGCGUGCACCCACGCGGAUGUACUGUUGUGCAAAAUGGCCGCGUGAGGAAGCUGUUCUAAAUCACUGAGUGGGUCCAGACUAGAAGGAGACCGAGACUCUGUGGUUCUGGUAGGCCUGUCGAACCGACACCGGGCAGAGAGUCGCUCACAGACCGAGUUCGGGUUCUGGUGCGUUCAAAGACCUUCUCUAGCACCGACAGCUAGCGCUAGCCGUGACGUCAGCUGCGAUCGCGCGGCCCGGUUAGCUUCUCAGCGGGAAACAGUUCUGGACGGGGACGGAACGGGUUCCGGUACGGUUUGGAGAGGUCGACCAAAGGUAACCAGUCCGACACUCGGGCGUUUGUGUUCUGAAGCUGCUGGAAUGGCCAAGAGGAUUGCAGACAAGGAGCUGACGGACCGGAACUGGGACCAGGAGGAGGAGGGGGAGGAGGCCGGGACCUUCUGCCUCGCCAGCGAGGACGUGCUGAAGAGUCGACCCAUCAAGAAGGCCAAACGCAGAAAUGUGGGCGCAGAGGCUGAAGGGGGAGGAGCCUUCAAAGGCUUUAAGGGCUUUGCGUUCUCGGCGUCAGCGGCGAGUGCAGCCUCGACUCCGCCCACCGGCCCCAGUUUUGGAACCUCGGAAGGUUUUAAAGGUUUCGGGAGCCUCACUAAUGGGGGGGCUCCGGCGUUCGGGGGCUUCUCCCCCGUCCCAGCAUCCUCGGCGGCAGCAGGUGUUAACGGAGGCUCCGCCUCCUUUUCAAAGCCCCCUGCUGACAGCAGCACCAACCAGGCCAAUGGCUCCGCCCCCAGCUCCGCCCCCGCCGCCCUGAGCUGCAGCAGAAGUAGAGAGUACAGCCGGCAGCUGGCGGCGCUCAACCGCUCGGUGCGCGACUGGAUCAGCAAACACGUGGACGACAACCCGCUGUGCGACCUCAACCCCAUCUUCAGGGACUACGAGCGCCAUUUGGCGAGCAUUGAGCGCAAGUUUGGAGGGGGGCGGGACAACCCGGAGGAGAAGGCGGCCCCCGCUGAGCCUGCCCCUCCUCCGUCGUCCGGCAGCGCGGCGGCGCCUCCCUCAGGCGCUCUGUUCUCCUUCAGCAGGAACUCCUCAGAGUCCAACUCUGACCCCGCCCCCGCCGCCGUCACCUUCAACUUUGGGCAGAAGGUGGACAGCUCGGUUCUGAACCCGCUGGGGUCCAAACCGCUCGGAACCACCUUCUCCUUCACCCCCUCCCCCAGCCAGACGCCCCUGUUUGGAGCCGCCUCCUCCUUAGCCCCCCUGCCUCUUGGUGGAACAAAGACAGAGGAAGCCCCGCCCACAGACGAGAACGGAGACGCGGAGUCGGAGGAGCCGCCCAAACCGGAGGUGAAGGAGGUGAAGGAGGACGACGCCUUCUACUCCAAGAAGUGUAAACUCUUCUACAAGAAAGACUCUGAGUUCAAGGAGAAAGGCGUGGGGACGCUGCACCUGAAACGCACCGCCGACGGCAAGACCCAGAUGAUCAUCCGGGCCGACACCAACCUGGGGAACAUCCUGCUGAACAUCAUGGUGCACGCCUCCAUGCCGUGCUCGCGGGUCGGCAAGAACAACGUGAUGGUGGUGUCGGUGCCCAACCCCCCCGUGGACGACAAGAACCCCAGCGGGCCCGUCCCGCUCCUGAUCCGGGUCAAGACCGCCGAGGACGCCGACGAGCUGCAGCAGACGCUGGAGGAGAGGAAGGCCUGAGGGGGAGGGGGGCACCGGUCACGUGCACUUUCACAUGCACGCUGACCUGUCCAUGCUGUGAAUAUGGGGUUGUUUUAACGAGUUCCGCUCCAGCCCGCUGUGACCCGGUUCUGGUCCACUGAUUUGGUUUUACAAAUUGUUCUGCAGCCGCGGCGGAGUGGGUCUGAUGGUCCAGCGUGGCGUGGGGCGUCCCGGGCUCGGCCCGCAGGACCCCCGUUUGUAAAGACAUUUGUUCAGGAAUAAAGAAAUGAACCACGA